AUGUCGAGUAUAUGUCUUCUCGAUUUUCCAGUGGAAAUUUUUCAUCGUACCUUUGAUUAUCUUGAUACACCAACAAUUAUUCGAUCGCUUCGAUGCGUUUGUCGUCAACUCAAUAAAAUCGUUAAUAUUUAUAAUCGGUAUGAAAUCGAUUUAACUUUAUUUACAAAAGUUCAAUGUGAAUUUAUUUUACAAUCAAUUCGUUGUGAAAAUAUUAUUUCAUUGAUUUUCUCUGCGGAUUUCAAAGAACAAUCUGAUAAAGCAGAUUUUCUUCUAACAAUUCUUAAUAUUCAACAAUUUUCUUGUCUCCGUUCAUUGACACUUUUACACAUAAAUAAAAAUGAAUUAGAUCGAUUUUUGCCAUGCAUUAUCAAUUUCUCUUUAAUAUCAUUAUCUAUUCAGCUGAGUGAUUUCUUUCAAACUGCAUCACUUUCUUCUCUUUCCACAGCUAUUAGUCAACGGAAACUUCGAAAAUUACAUAUCUUUAAUGGACAUAAUCUUAUACAAAUUUUACCAUGGCCUGUUGAUUGUAAGCUGAACCAUCUGACAAUAACAAGUUGUACGGAUCAAGAAUAUCGUUCUAUUCUUGAGCAUUCUCCUUUGUUACGAACAUUCGUUAUGGAAUACUGUCUAGUAAUAGAUACGAUACCUUCUGUCAAAUCAACCUAUCUACAAUUAACUUCGUUAGUAAUGAAUUAUAGUUCUUUAUCAUUCGGACAGCUUAAUUAUUUACUUUCAUUGACACCAUCACUUGUCCAUCUAAAAAUAAUCAAUCAUACAUGUUAUUUUUCCUCUUUAUUCGAUGGUAAUCGAUGGGAAGAACUCAUUCAAUCAAAACUUCGAUUGUUAAAAAACUUUCAAUUUUGUUUUCGACAUACAAUUAGAAAAUUAAACAGUACAUUUUGUACAAAUCUACAUUCAAUAAUAAAACAAUAUCGAACACCAUUUUGGUUGGAUAUUAAACGAUGGUUUGUUAUUGCUGAUUGUAUUAUGAGAUCAUCAUCCUGUGAAAUAAUACUUUAUACUAUUCCAAUAACUAUUGGUGAUUUCAAUAUCUUAAUCAGAUGUAAAGCAUUUCCGAUCAAUGAUCUAUGUUAUUUCACAAAGAAUUUUUCUAAUGAAAAUAAUCAUGAUAUACAAGAAGAUAAAACACUCAUUGAACUGAAUCUUGAAAAUAGUAAUAAAAUAUCAAAAGAUAUGAUAUAUUUGGCAUGUGCAUUAAAACACAAUACUACAAUCGUCACACUGAAUUUAAAUAAUAAUAAUAUCGAACGAGAAGGACUUCAAUAUCUUAUUGAUGCACUUGAGAACAAUAUGACUAUUACUACGUUAAGUAUGGAUGGUAAUCAGAUUGGAGCUCAAGGAGUACAACAUCUAGCUGAAUCAUUACAAAAUAAUACUACUAUUAGGACGUUAAGUAUUCGCGGAAAUCAAAUUGGAGAUGAAGGAGCACGACAUUUGUCUUAUGGACUACAAAAUAAUAGAACGCUUACGACGUUAAGAAUCAGUCGAAAUCAAUUUGGAGACGAAGGAUUACGACAUCUGACUAAUGCAUUACAACACAGUACUACAUUGACAAUCUUCAAUUAUGAAGAUAAUUAUAUCAGUAAUGAUGGAAUACAGCAUUUAUGUGAUGUAUUUCGAAAAAACACAUCACUGCACACACUUGAACUUGGUAGUAAUCAGAUCGAUGUGUCGAAAGUACAACAUCUAGCCAAUAUGCUUGAAGAUAACAUGACACUUACAACUCUCAGUUUGAGAGAUAACGACUUGAGCAGCAACGGAACAGAAUAUCUGGCUAAUGCAUUACAAAAGAAUACAACACUUCGUAUACUUAAUCUUCGACUCAAUCAUAUUGAUGACAAUGGAGCAGAAUAUUUAGCAAAUGCUAUGAUGACUAACACAACACUUACUACACUCUAUCUAUGGAAUAAUCAAAUAAGAAGUACAGGAGCACGGUGUCUUGCUGAUGCAUUACAAAAGAAUACAACAAUUACCACACUUGAUCUUGGACGCAAUCAAAUAGGCACUGCUGGAACAAAAUAUUUAGCUGAUAUGUUACGAAUAAAUUCAACUCUUACGACACUUAGUUUAUGGGACAAUGAAAUCAAAGUGAAAGGAGCUGAAUAUUUAGCUACUGCAUUGAGAACGAAUAAGACACUCACUACUUUGGAUAUGGGAUUUAAUCAAAUCGGUGAUAAUGGAGAACAAUAUUUAUUAGAUACAUUACACACUCAUAAGACAUUAAUAACACUUAAUUUGGACAAUAAUCCUUUGAUCUUUACUUAA